AUGAGCAGCGUUCCUACCACCGUGGAAACCGUAAAUGCUGCCGCCACCGCCAUUGUUACCGCUGAAAGCAGAGUUCAGCCGUCUUCGAUUCAGAAGAGAAGAUGGGGCAACUGUUGGAGCAUCUACUCGUGCUUCGGUUCAUGCAAAGAGAACAAAAGAAUCGGGCAUGCAAUCCUUGUAUCGGACCCACCAUGCGCACCGAUAAACGUACCAUCGAUUUCUGAAAAUCGAAACCAGUCCUCAAGCUCAUCAUCGAUUGUGCUCCCCUUCAUAGCCCCUCCCUCCUCCCCUGCCUCUUUCCUCCAAUCCGACCCCCCCUCGGCCACCUACUCCCCUGGUGGACCCAGUCCCGGGCCCAGGCCCAUCUACGCAAUCGGGCCCUAUGCCCACGAGACCCAACUAGUCUCCCCGCCCGUUUUCUCUACCUUCACCACCGAGCCAUCGACUGCUUCCUUCACCCCUCCUCCAGAGCCAGUACAAAUGACGACUACGCCCUCAUCCCCGGAGGUGCCGUUUGCCCAGCUUCUGUCAUCGUCCUUGGCUCGUAAAGGGAGGAAUAGUGGGAAGUUCCCCUUGUCUCAGUACGACUUUCGGCCCUAUCACUAUCCAGGAAGCCCUGGGGGCCACGUGAAGUCCCCAGGGUCAGCCAUUUCGACUUCCGGGACCUCAUCUCCUUUUUUUCCCGAUAAAAGGCCUAUUUUGGAAUUUCGGAUGGGGGAAGCUCCCAAGUUUCUCGGCUAUGAACAUUAUAAGUGGGACUCGAGAGUUGGCUCUGGGUCAUUAACGCCCUGUUCGAAGCUCGAUUCAGGUACAUUGACGCCUAAUGGUGAAAAUAAAGCUGUCGUCGAGAAUCGAGUUCUUCGAAUGGUGUUGCCUGCUACUUCGGAGCUCAAACCGCAAAACGAUGAUUUGGUCGAUCAUCGUGUCUCGUUUGAGCUUUUCGGGGAGGACAUUCCGACUUGCGUCGUGCGGGCCCCAUCCCUUAAGAACGGGUCGGGAUAUGAAAUUGUGGAGGGUGGUACGUACAGGAAGGAAUUUUUGGGUUCGAGAAAUGAAGAUAGUUUGAGAGAACAUAAUGAAGAUAGUUUGAGAGAACAUUGUAAUGGGGAGAGUGUGAACGAAGAGGAAUUUCACCAGAAGCACCGUACGAUCUCACUAGGGUCGAGCAAGGAUUUCAAUUUCAAUAAUGAAAAGGGGCAAGUGUCUGAAAAGUCGAGCGUUGAUUGUGAGUGGUGGACGAGCGAGAAAGCCGUGAAAAAGGAGUUGGGCCCGAGAAAUAGCUGGAGUUUCUUCCCGAUGCUACAAUCGGAGGUGAGCUGA